GUUUAGCAUCUCACUAUAUAGAUGAAGCUAAGGCACUCUCAUUUGCAAGCCACGAAAUGGAUUUUCGUUCAGUUUGGAAGCAAUAUAUGAUAGAGCUGUGUUUCUCUGGUGAUUCUUCCGACGAGGAAGAUGAUUUGUUCUUAGCUACUCUUUGCGCCUGGCAUGCGGCAGGGAAGAGGAGAGAGAAAGCCAAGAUCAUGUCGUCGGCGGCGGCAGGCGGAGAGGGGGAGACGGUGCGCGCGUCGCACAUCCUGAUCAAGCACGAGGGCUCCCGCCGCAAGGCCUCCUGGAAGGACCCCGACGGCCGCGUCAUCUCCGCCACCACCCGCGCCGACGCCGCCGCGCGCCUCCUCGACCUCCGCAACCAGAUCCUCUCCGGCCAGGCCGCCUUCGCCGACCUCGCCGCGCGCCACUCCGACUGCUCCUCCGCACGCCGCGGCGGCGACCUCGGUACCUUUGGGAGGAGGCAGAUGCAGAAACCCUUUGAAGACGCCACCUUUGGCCUCAACGUUGGCGAGCUCAGCGAUAUCGUGGACACUGACAGUGGGGUUCACAUCAUCCUGCGGACUGCCUGAGAGGCGCAGAUUCUGGUGAAUGACUAAAUUAGCGCUGCGCGGCUUUUGAUUAGGACCUGUAAUUUUCCUUUCUGGCAGCCUAAGUGCACAACAUUCUGGACGAGGAUAAAUCUUGUAUUGUCACACGUUUAUUGCAACGAUUGCGCUCGUCACCUACAUUAUUGAAGAACCCGUGAGCUUCUUAAUGCCUAGUUGAUCGGGCGAUAGUCUUUUUGUUCUUUUC